ACAUCACGGCGCACGUACGGCUGAGUUGUGCAACUUCUUCUGCGUAACAGCGUCUGUCCUGCACGUUGACAUUGGGAUAGCAACCGGCGGACACAUAACACUUCUCAGCUGACUUCUCUCAAAGGACAGGAUGGGAGCCUCCUUGUCCACACCGGCUGCUCCUACAGUCAGAGCAGAAGCCAUGAUGGCCACCCCCCCUCAGGGCUGCCCCAUGCACCAAGAGGCCCAACCUGUUAAAGUGUCUCCACCUUCAGAGUGUCCCAUGCAUCAAGCUCAGCCUGUGAAAGUGUCUCCUCCGUCAGAGUGUCCGAUGCACAAAGCAGAAGCAGGUCCAGCUCACCAGGAUCGAGCCUAUGAGUUUGUGGAGUGUCCAAUGAAAGCUGCAGCGGGCAUGAACAGUGACAUUGACCCUUCAAACAUGAUGCCGCCUCCAAACCAAAAGCCGGCUCCUGACCAACCUUUUGACCUGUCUGUAAACCGAGAGGAGUCAAACAUCCCUCGUCACAACACAGAAAAGAACUGGGUUUACCCGUCUGAGCAGAUGUUCUGGAACGCCAUGCUGCGGAAAGGGUGGCGCUGGCGGGAGGACGACCUCGGUGCUCACGAUAUGACCAACAUCAUCAAAAUCCACAACAAGAACAACGAUCAGGCCUGGGAUGAGAUCCUGAAAUGGGAGGCCAUGCAUGCACAGGAAUGUCCGUGUGGACCGACUCUGAAGAGGUUCGGUGGUAAAGCCAAAGAGUUCUCACCCAGGGCUCGCUUCCGCAACUGGAUGGGCUAUGAGCUGCCGUUCGACCGCCACGACUGGAUCAUUGACCGCUGUGGGAAGGAGGUGCGCUACAUCAUCGAUUACUACGACGGGGAAAUCAACAAAGACACCUACCAGUUCUCCAUCCUGGAUGUGCGCCCUGCUUUUGACUCUAUAGACGCCGUCUGGGACCGCAUGAAGGUGGCCUGGUGGCGCUGGACCUCCUAAAAGACUUUUAGAAAAAACACACACACACACAUAUAUAUACAAAGGUCACACGAAGGACUGCGAAACUAGCUCUCCUCCUUUCAGCUCUCUACAUGAAAUGCUGUGCUGUGAAAAACUUUAAAGAAGCGCCAUGAAGAAAAAGAAACAGACUGAUAGUUUUAGCAGAACUUCAAUAUGUUAGGCAAUAAGAUGUUUCAUGUGCUAAUCCUAUUGAUAUCAUUGCAAGCCUUACUUUUUGGUUUGCAUUGCAGCUCAUGUGCUUGAAGCUACAGGAAGUGAUGUCAAACAGGUCACAUUGACUCGCUGCCCCCCCCUCUUGUCUAAAGAAAAACUUUUUAAAGGAACACUCCGCCCAUCAAACAAAAUUUACUGUAAGAAUUAUGAAAACAAGAAUGGUUGUUUUUCAGUGGUCAUGGUGAGCUUUGUCUAGUUAAAAAAUUAACCCUGAGGACCUAACUGAAACCUUCUGAUGCCAGGUUUAUACUUCUGCGUUGAAUCAACGCCAUAGCCUCCCCACCUCCUCAUAACUGUAACAUAAACAGCGCAUAAAAACAACGUGGACCACAAGCUCUGUGAUUGGUCUGCUGGGCUGUGUUGUAUUUCCUGCAUAUACAACACUUCAGGAAUCACUGUACACUGACUUUACAUUUCAUUUCCCCCGACCUCCCCUCUAUUCUUCCCUGUAAUCGUUGCUGUAUGAUCAACAGCAACACGUAUCGGCUCUGAAUUAAUAUAUUUUGCUCGCAAUCGCUGUGAAAAAGCAAGCAGGAAACAUAGAAGGACCAGAAACGAAUUGCUGAGCCAUGUGGACGUGUUGGGGCGCUGCGGUCUAGAGUCGAUGCAGAAGUAUUCACCAAGCUUUAGGCUUACCUUGGUUUUAGGCCUGGAGAAAAUGUGUGAUGCAAUUUUGAUCAAAUGCGCAAUGUAAGCACAAGCAGAGUUGGAUCUUUGUCUAAUUGGUACUCUGAAACAGGAUUCAUAAACAUCUGCUGAUCCUUGUUUAGGCAUCCCUUUUAUCCUUGCAUUGCAUUUAUGCAACAAUGUAAAGGCACGGGAAUCCCUUAAAAGUUGGAAUUUGGAAUGCUUCCUAACCAAUUUAAGCUGCAAUACUGUUCCCGGUUGUUAUUUCUGAAUACAAAGAUUACAUGUAGCAGCUUUAAUUCUAUCAGUAGUUCAUCAUGGGGACCCCUGACCUCCAACUAGACAUCCAGAAAAGUGCCAUCGCACAGCAUUUUAAGACUUGAAUGAGUAAAGUAACGCCUGCGUUUUCCACCAGACCACUUUAAGGUAAUGUUUGCAACAAAAAAAUGCUCUUAUAAAUGUACUCUCCACAUAGUAGACUUUAUUUUGUCAAUGGUCCAAAACUCUUCAGUGGAUAACCUGCGGUGUUAGUGUUCCCCAGGCAGACUGAGGUGUGUUCAGAGUGCUGAGUAUCGCUCCAAUGGCAGUUUAAGUUGAGCACACGGAGUGACUCACUUCCACUUGUCUGACUUCUCUUUAUUGUAUCCUCAAAGAUUCUCCUCACAUCCGUCCUGGACAACAGAGAGGAGCUUUUGUUUUACCAAGGAAAUUCAAAGCAGUGUGAAGGGUUUGCCCUGAAACCUUGAUGAUUGUGCAGGAGUGUGUUUGUCUUGUGUGGACUAGAAUGAACCUUCAGAAUACAUAGUUCUAUUUUCUUAAAAGGACAAGGAUGGAUAUUAGUCUUGCUGAUUAACCUUUGCUACACUUGUGUUCCCCCUUCUCUUGAAGGUGUCUUUCUCAGUGUGACAUCAGGAACAGCUUGUGUUGCUGUAUCUCACUAUGUACAUCUUAUACUGUUUUAGCUUCUGGUUUGCGAUUUAAAGGGACAAAAAUAAAGUGCUCUGGUUUGCAUCA